AUGAAGUCCGUCGCCGCCAUCAUCCUCACCUCUGCCAUCGCCGGCAUCGCCCAGGCUUGUUCGACUCCUGGGAACUACAUCGUUACGUUCUACGGAUACCCCGACAACUCUCCCCCGGGACCUGCAACUGCGCAUAACUGCGGUGGUCGCAACUUCAAGGCUGGUGGUACUGGAACUUACGCCGACCCGAUCACAAUUGCCACGGCUCCAGGAGAGCUCAACCCCUGCGAGAUCGUCUAUCUCCCCUUAUUGACCAAGUAUGGUCGAUAUGAAGACGAUUGCGCUCAGUGCACCACUGACUGGGCCAAUGGCCAACCUCACAUUGACAUCUGGACUGGCUCUCCCACAGUCAAUGGUGGCCAGAACCAGAUCAACUGUGAGAACAACCUCACUUUCGGCGGCCGCUACUCCAUUGUCCGCAACCCUCCCACCAACUAUGGCGUUGAUACCACUCCUCUAUUCGUUGCGCCAAACACUUGCAACACCAACCAUGUCUACCCCAGCAACCCUGCUCACUGCUAA